AUGUCCACAAAACCUCGCAUGUUGAUCACCGAGCCCCGGGGGGAUGUCACUUUGGACCCAUUUCAGUUGGAUGCUUUGAGACCUUUGCUGUUGGAGCAGGAGAGGCGCAUCAAGAAUCAUGUGGAUCAUCGGAUUGACCAGCUCACCAGGUUGUUGGAACGUUCGGAUUCGGGGGAUUCGCGAGAACGGGAAGCGAAAUCGAAAGGUCCGAGCCAAAAUCUGAACGGCCCUUCACCAGAUCAGUUGGGCCUCAGGGCUGGUGUGGCACCUCAUUUGCUCCAACUCAUCGACCGGAUAAAGGCUGAGAAGGAGAAGGCCAAGGAGAGCACCAUCUUGAGAGCACAGGUUUCAUUUAUCAGCGCGUUACCCUCAUGGAGAAGUGGAAAGUGGAGAAAGACUUUGGGGCGAAUCCUGGAAAUGUAUGAGCAUUUGGUUGAUUUGCUGGUUGUGAUCUAUGCAAUCUGCGUGGGUGUAGAAAUUCAUUACACAAGCAAAGAAAAAUCAGAGCCAACGUGGGCGCGGACCGUGGAAACGGCAUUUUGCUGCUUCUUCUCAGUCGAUUUGCUGAUUCGCAUCUGCAUAGAGCGAGAACGAUUUGCCACAGGAAGCCGUCGUUGGUGGAACCUUGUGGACUCAGUUUCGUUGUCAUUGCUCUUGAUCGCCCUCGCCGAAAGGUCCAGAACUCUUGGCAAUUUUGUGGCCAUGCAACGUGUUGGACGACUCCUGCGACUUCCCAGGUGCUUCGCAAAAUGGGCGCAACUUCAAGAGCUACGUAUAAUGCUCGGAUGCAUGGCUGAAAGCUUCAAGGUCAUGGUGUGGCUCGUUCUGCUGGUGAUCAUCUUCAUCUACUUCUAUAGCUUGCUUUUGACGGAACUUAUUUGGGAGACAUGUCCAAAUGAGAAGACGGCAGAGGUGUGUAAGAAAUUCGGUGAUUUGCUCUCAUCCCAGAUGACCUUGUAUCAAAUCAUGUACAGCGGACUGCUAUGGGGUGACCUUUGGGAAGAAUUGCGUGUGAUGGACUGGUACAUCCAGAUCAUUUUCUUGUCAUAUGUGGUAUUUGCGCUGAUGGUGUUGGUUAACACCAUCACCAGCUUCAUCUGCAGCUUGCAAAGCACAGUCAGCAAGAAGGAACGCGAUGUUUUGAUCGCCAACGAAAUGGAUUACAACGAGCGUUUAGUUCGUCAGUUGUACACCAUUUUCCAGGAUUUUGAUCAGAACGGCAAUGGUGCAAUUUCCUGGGCCGAGUUCCAGCUAGCCUUGGAGGAUGAGAGAAUGCUCGCGUUCCUCAAUGCCUUAGAACUGGAUAUGUCGGAUGCAGUGAAGGUUUUCCAGAUUUUGGCAUCGGAAAAGACGGGUUCAAUCGAAGAGUCUAACUUUUUGUUGGGAUGUUUGCGCCUGCGUGGUGGGGCCACGACGGUUGACAUGGUGGCAAUGCAAAUGGAGCAGGAAUGGAUGCGUGGUGCACUUCUACAGAUGAAAGGCUUGAUGCAUACAGCCAUUGGCGAUUUGAAGGCUGUGCAACAUACUCUGGAGAGGAAGAGCCUUUGGGGUGAGAGCGAGAAUCGCAUCGAGAGACGGCACAGCAUCAGGGGACAAUUCAGAGGAAACGAAGAAGAAGAAGUGUCGAUUGGCGACUUUGAACUACCAGCACGAGAGAUGACUGUGACAGCCCGAAACUCCAUAAGCUACAAGGAGCUGCUUUCGUCGGAGGCUUGUUCUCCCGUGUGGUACUGCAGCCAUUGGUGGGGCGAACCGGUUCGUGACUUUGUGAACUGCUGCCAAGAACAUGCCAAUGUUAGACGACUGGGAGACCAGGGUUCAUACUGGGUCUGUGGAUAUGCCAAUCGUCAGCACGAACUUGACCAGGAGAUCGCAGAGGAUGUGAUGCAGACCUCCUUCUUCGCAGCCCUCAAGGCAUCAAGAGGUCUGUUGCUCAUCCUGGAUGAGGAUGCUACGCCUUUCUCCAGGAUUUGGUGCGAUUACGAGGUCUAUUCGGCCGUCAUGAACCCCAACAUGGAGCUGGAUCUCGUAAUAAGCCUCAACAUGCAUGGACGACAGGAAGCCAAGAUCAUCACCAGAAAUUUGGUUCCAGGGGAGUCGGCUGUGGCAAAACUUGCCAGGGAACAAGAUUUCCCCAUUUUUCUGCUGGAUCGAGGGCUGCAAGUCUGUUUGGAGAAAGGCAACUCGACCAUGGAGCGUGACAAGAUCAGCAUCUUCCAAGCCAUUGCCCAGAGCAAAGAGCUGGAGUCAGCGAGAGGGAAAGAACAAUUGCAACGGAAUUUAGCUCGUGCGAAUCAGACUUUGCAUUCGACUCUGGCAAUCCUGGCAUGGCCCCAAGCCAUGAACAAGAAUUUGUUGCCGAAGAAUGCCAAAGGUUUACAUGCGGGCAAGUUGAACGUCUGUGAUGCUUUAUUGAACGACACUUUCCGAGAAUCCUUGGAUCUCAGUUUGGCACACUACGACGAGUCGUGCGCAGAUUCUGCAGUGAAAGCACUGGCGGAGUCUUUGCCACCGUGCUUGGUGAAUUUGAAGCUGAGCUUCGAAGGUUGUGUUCGGCUCACAGAUGUAUCUCUCCAAGCAUUGGCCGCACGAAUUGGCCAGAUGAAGCUGCAAAAACUACAUCUCGACUUCAUUGGUUGCAAGAACCUGAGUGAUGCAGGGCUUCGCUUGUUGGCCGCUGCGCUUCAGAAGUCGACCCUCGUUGAGUUGGAGCUUCACUUGGCUGGCUGCGUUCGAGUUCACAGCCAAGGUAUUUCUCAACUGCGGGAGAACUUACCUGCGUCCCUUCGCAGCUUCAAAGGGUGUCUGAAAGAAGAGCUGCGUGCUGCAGAGCCAAUUCCGUGUUCCCCGCAUGCAGAAGUCGAAGCCUUCAAAGAUGCCGAGGCGAAAGGCGUCACAGACUUCAGGAAUGCGACGAUUUACACCACCUUGGAGCCAUGUCAUCGGGGUCCAGGGAAGCGGACACCACCCUGUGAUGAGCUGGUGGUGGCCAAAAAGGUCAAGCGUUGUGUCCGAGCCACAGGGAUUCCAUGGCAUUCCUGA